CCGGGACCCGGGCGCACGACUCGGGGAACCUGACGCGCCCCCGCAUCCUAAAGCUCUGCCCCCGGGAAGAGCUGCGUUGGGGAGGAGCCCGGCGUCCCCUACCCAGCUGGAGUCUCUCCUUGGGGGCCCCCUAGGGACGCGCUCGCCGGGUAGCGUGGAAAGCGGUGGGUCCUUCCCGGGGAUCCCGGGGAGCACUGGAGCUUCCGACGCGCGGCUCCGCGGAACCCUCGCAGCCCGCGCCCCGUGGGUCUCGCCGGGCCGGUACUCAUCGGCGGGACUUCGCCACCGAUCUGGCAUUUCUUUGAUUUGGGGACAGUUCCCGCCAACGACGCCGGACGCACCUUGGCAGCUGGCUCGGCGGGCGGGCGGGCGCCCCGGUGGCCGUCCCCGCGCGUGCGGCUCUCGGCCCUGCCCUCCCCGACGGAGUGCGGCUCUCGAGGGGGGCCCUGGCCGCCUAGAGCCUUCCUCGUGCGGCGGGAUCCGGGUGCCCGCCGCCGGCAUGGCCUUCACUUUCGCUGCUUUCUGCUACAUGCUGUCCCUGGUGCUCUGCGCCGCGCUCAUCUUCUUCGCCAUCUGGCACAUCAUUGCCUUUGAUGAGUUAAGAACGGAUUUCAAGAGCCCCAUAGACCAGUGCAACCCUGUUCAUGCGAGGGAACGACUGAGGAACAUUGAACGCAUCUGCUUCCUACUGCGAAAGCUGGUGCUGCCAGAAUAUUCCAUCCACAGCCUCUUCUGCAUCAUGUUCCUGUGUGCGCAGGAGUGGCUCACCCUGGGGCUGAAUGUCCCACUGCUUUUCUACCACUUCUGGAGGUACUUCCACUGUCCGGCUGACAGCUCUGAACUAGCCUAUGACCCGCCAGUGGUCAUGAACGCCGACACCCUGAGUUACUGCCAGAAGGAGGCCUGGUGUAAGCUGGCCUUCUAUCUCCUCUCCUUCUUCUACUACCUGUACUGCAUGAUCUACACGUUGGUGAGCUCUUAACUCAAAGACCACACACAUCAUCCAAGAUUGGCAGCAGGGAGGCUCCAGGCUGAGAAGUCCAUUUCCGCUGGUGAUUGGAGAAGGGCACAGCGAGGAAAAGGGUGGAAGGAGCUGGUGGACCCCGACAGAGUCCUACAGCAGCAGUGCCAAGCUGGUUGUGCUCGUGUGUUGUGACCUUGUGAUUCACGGUCCUUGACAUUUCCCAUCCUACACUACACUUGGGUUGUCGGUCCCUCUGGGGCAGUGACACACGGGGGAAAUCACUGAUGGAACAUGAACUCUUUCCCGAGUGAUCCUCGAGACAUCCUGCAUCCACCUCUUCUGACAGCUCCCUACACACUCACCCUGAGCUCCUCUACAACCAGUGCAGACUAGAAGGUCACCGCUGAGGAAUGGGAAGACCCACAUCAAAGCUGAGUCUGGGGGACUCUACUCAAGUCCUCCAGCACAUAGCAGGCACCCCAAGACUCAUGGGACAUUUACUCCAACGCUGGGCCAGGCCCUGCACCUGCUCAGUGGGACUGACCAGGAAAUAUGCUGAUUUGCCCUCAGCUGUAACUAGCCUUGAGCCUGCAGAAAUGUCUGUUUUCCUAUUCUGCUUUGAGGUGGUCUGAUUAUGUGACGUCAUGAGCUGGGAUUGGGGCAACAGGUGGGUAAUGAGUUACAUGGAGGAGUGCAGAGCUGACCUGGGUGAGGCACUCAUGGAAAAAAAAUGAUUGGUUAAAAUAUUUCAACCCAUUCAUCAUGUUUCAACCCAUUCAAUACCAACAAUUGUAUUCUUCUUGCUAUCCAAAUGCAUCCCAGAGUCAUUGAGUGCCAGUCCCUCGGUCAACACUUGGCAUAGUGACCUUACUUUGAGAAACCCCAAAAAGCUAAGAAAAUGCCAUGGGCAUCUGCAGCCAAGAACAGAGACAAAAAGAUUAUAACUUCCUUCUAUGAUGUGAUGUUAUUUAUCUUGUUGAAGGAAAAGUCAUUAGCUUAUUUAGAAUUUUCCAUUUGACAUUCUCUCCUUUUCUGGGUAGGAGUUGUACCUGGGUAUUGUAAAUAAUGACAAAGCUUGAGAUUUUGAUUGUG